CUGGGUAAAGAUGAAGAGGGUCAGAAAGUGCUAUGAAAUUCGUCCCCAACAUUCAGUUAUGGAUCCUGCAGUAUGUGCAAUCCCAUCUCUUUCAUCUGAGCUCAGGAUUGUGUUGCUGGAAAAGAAUGAUGUUGAUAAAAGUGCUGUAGGCAACAUGAUACUGGGCAGGAAAGCAUUUAAAGGGAGGGGAACACGAGUGAGUGAAGUACAGAAAGCAAAAGUAGAGGAUCGCAACAUUUCAGUUAUUGACACGCCUGGAUUCUUCAACACUGCACUGACUGAUGAAGAUCUACAAAAUGAAAUGAUGAAGAGUCUUUCUCUUGCUCAACCUGGUCCUCAUGUCUUCCUGCUGAUAGUCAGACCAGACACAUUUACUGAAGAUGAUGUGGGAAAGACUGUAAAAAAGAUUCAGGAAACUUUUGGAGCUCAAGUGUUGAAGUUUACCUUGGUGCUGUUUAUUAGAGAACAAAUGUCAAACACAGAGUGGGCGGUCCUAGCACUCAGUAAAAAAUGUCAGGAACUCAUCAACCAUUUUAGAGGUAAAUAUCAUGUGAUAAACAGUGAGACAAAGGAGAUUAUAACACUUCUGGAAAAAAUAGCUGAAGUUGUCAAACAAAAUGAUAACCAGUAUUACAACAAUGAUAUUAAAUUAAAGUCUCUGACAACCAGAAAAGACAAGGAAAAGGAACAAGAAAAAGGAAAGGGAGGCAGAAUAAAACAGGCAGAGGAGAAACAAGACAAAAAUAAACUUUUGUGGAAAAGACUGGAACCGAACAGAAAUGUUGAGCACUGUGUAAUACAAAAGACCACAGUGAAUGUUGCAAGUGGACCAGGGAAGUGUAACAAUAUCCAUGAUGUGAGAAAAAUAGAGAGAACCCAUGUAUAUAGCGACAGAGCUCAAGAAAAAAGCAAGAAUGUUCAGGAGAUGGUUUCAAAAACAUCUCAAGUAGAAUCUCUAAGAAACGCAUUUGAAAAAAUGGGAGAAAAAAAUGAGACCAUCAACACAGACUUCCAGAAGCUUGGGAAAAACUGGAACACUGAAGGAAAACUGAAGGAACUGAGUGAAACAUCAAAAGAGAAGCAAGCUGAUCUGAGGAUUGUGAUGGUGGGGAAAUCUGGAGCUGGAAAAAGUGCAACAGGAAACACAAUCCUGGGAGAAAUAAGGUUUAGGGAUGAUAUGUCAUCUGAAUCAGUGACCAGGGAGUGUCAGACAAGUCAGAAGAUGGUUGAGGGUAGAAACAUCUCAGUGACAGACACUCCAGGACUCUUUGAUACAUCAAUGAGUGAAGAAAGGCUAAAGUCUGAAAUAGAGCGAUGCGUCUAUAUGUCUGCUCCUGGUCCUCAUGUGUUUCUGCUGGUCACCAGACUGGAUGUGAGAUACACAAAUGAAGAGAAGAUGACAAUUAAAUGGAUUGAGGAGAACUUUUCGGCAGAUGUUAUGAACUAUGCUAUGGUUCUGUUCACCAGAGGAGAUCUGUUAAAAAUAUCAUCGGAGGAGUUCUUGAAAAAAAACAAAGUGCCGAAAGAUCUAGUUGAUAAGUGUAAAGGUGGAUAUGUUGUUUUUAAUAACACAGAUACAAAUCAAGCACAAGUUACUGAACUGUUAAAGAAAAUAGACAUACUGAUGCAGGAUAAUGGAGGAAAGUAUUACACAAAUGAGAUGUACAAGGAAGCUCAGAAAAAAAUUGAGGAAGAACAGAAGAGAAAGAAGAAAGAAGAAGAGAAGAAAAGAAAGGAAGAGGAGGAAUGUAUAUUACAAAAAGGAAGGGAAAGACUGAAAGAAAAAGCUAAGAAUAUAGCAUUAGGAGUGGGAGUAGGAAUGGGAACAGCAAGUGCAAUUGUGGGAGCUUUAGGUGCUACACCUGCUGUUAUAAUACCUACAGCUUUAAUUGCUGGAGGUGCUGCUGUAACAGGUGGAGCAGGUGGAGAACUUGUAGAUAAAGUCAGAAACAUCAUGCAGCAAAAGAAUAAAACACAAAACACAACAACAACAAUUGAUAGUUAGAAUUACUGUAGGAGAGACGCUUGAAGCAUCGCAAUUAAAACUUUAUUAAUUGUACACGUGCUCUUAAGGAACGUCAAAAUAUUUUUUAAGUUCUUCAAAAGCUUUUCCUGGUGAUAGUUCUGCAGCGUUCUUGAAUACACAUGAUUUACAUUUAAAAACUUCACACAAAUCAUGACCUCUAGUUGUGACUAGAUGUUUUCUUGACAUCUUUUUAUAAAAUCGACCAGGGGCCUCAUUUAUAAAGCAUGCGUACGGACAGAUUUGAUCGUAAAGUGUGUGUACCCAAAAAUCCAUGGCAAAGUCCAUAUUUAUAAAAACUGUCUUUGAUGUGGAAAAGUGCUUAGUGCCACGUCAGGGUCUGAGCAGACGUACACACUUUUGAUUGUCCGAUUGCUGCAGGUUUUUUGGCAAAAUAAGCCAUUCUUGCUGCUUGAAAUUGGGUUUAAACAUUGACAAGCGCUCUUUUAUAUGUCUAUGACAUUAAUUAGUCGAUUAUGAAUCACACAUACGCAUUUUUGAUAAAUGAUCGUAAGAUCAAAUGUAUGAUGGUUUCUACGCAGAACCAUUUUAUAAAUGAGGCCCCAGGUAUCUUCAAACUCCUGGAGAGCUAUAAUCUAUAAUUAUUAAGCAACCCUGUUGUGUUUCAUGGAGCUAAAAUAGGACAGUAGCUCUCCAGGAGCAGGGUAUUAAAAUCUGUUUCACGAUUUUUUUUUGUGCUUGAAUAUUAAAAAGGAGGCAAGACCUAAAUUACAAAAUUUUGUGACUGUGCAGCACUGGCCCAUUGGGCAAAUGACAAUUCUGUCAACUGUUCCAUGCAUUGUUAUUGUGAAGUCUCAGGAGAUAAGGUGUUGGCAUAUAUAGUUUUAAUGAAAGACUCACUCAAUAUAAAAGCAAUGGUCAGGGCUGAUAUCAAACAAUCAUAAACGGAAAACAGGCAUAGGUCAGGGCUGGCAGAUGAGAAUAAAAAAUAUAGAUAACCACAAGGAACUGCUUAGUAAUGCUAGCUUGUGCGAAACGAGACUUUGCAAAGUGUGUAGUGAAACAGCAUCCUUAAAGGGGGAUUUUUUUAAGAUGUAAAAUAAGUAUUUGGUGUCCCCAGUACAUAUGUGAAGUUUUAGCUCAAGAUACCAAACAGAUAAUUUAUUUAACAUGUAAAAAGUCAACUUUGAAGAUGCAAGCAAAAAUGUGUGGUUCUGGGAGUGUCCUUUAAAAUGCAAAUGAGGUAGCAAGUGUGCAACAUAAAAAGUGUCCAGUUUUGUUGAUGUUCUAAGAAAGUUUCUGGGUUGUCUGAAAGUUAGAGAAAUGUUACACUCUACCAUUUUCAAAUGUUAUGACAAUGUCCAAGGGAGGGGGGAACAAGUCACACACACAAGUCAAGUCCAUGCAAGUCUCAAGUCUUAACCAUCAAGUCUCGAGUCAAGUCUCAAGUCACAGUUCAGAUAAAUCAAGCAAGUCAAGUCAAGUCAAGUCAAGGGUUCACCCUAAGCAAGUCAAGUCCUGAUAAGUUUAAAAAUAUUGUGCAUAGUAAACAGAUUAUUCAUAACAAGUUCACACUGGCACUGGGCCAUCAGGCACGCCUUAUAUUGUAGAGCCCUGCAAUGUUUUUUCUUACUUGGAACUAAGUAAUUAUCUAACUCCUGUGUUAACUCUGUAA